AUCACAAGACAAAUCAGCAUCGACAGCACCAACACCACAACAAACCCCCAUCAACGACAGACACCCAUCCCCACCGUCUCGGCAUCUGACUACCUUCAGCACGCCUAGGCGCCUCUAUUCGCACUUAUCCACGAAGACACGUGCUCCGAUAUCGUGACACGCAGCCAGCUCCUACUGCCGGGCGCGCCUUGCAGUCGACUCGCUACGAUCAUCGAGUCACCAAGCAACCCAGAAACCAUUCCAAAACCAACAGCCCCCGUCACUAUGCCAGGAAAGACCCCCAAUAGUAACGGCAACAAGCCUACCCAGAACGGAUACAGGAGUACCAAAGAUGUCGACAUGAAGGACGCGAAGUCCAAGAACAAGAAGGGCGCCAAGGACGGCGACGAGGAGAUGACGGUCGUGGUCCCUCCUUCCAAGGGCACCAAGCAGUCCUCGACUCUGCCACCGCCGGAUGCUGAUGGUGAUGUUGCUAUGGGUGACGAAGAGAAUGCCGACGACGAUGGCGCUGUCAAGGUUGAUCCUGUCGUCCAAGCCGUGGCAGACAUCAAGAGCAACUUUGCGCUGCUUGACCGUGCCGUUGCACUGUUCGAUGCCCGAUUCUCCCUCCGAGCGCUGAGGUCAAUCUCGACUAUCCGCAAACGCCUGACCCCAGACGUCAUCGCCCAAGCAAUUGUCGAAACCUUCCCCGCGACCGUCACAUCUGGUAACGCAGCUAAACAGCUCCUUAUUGCCAUUGGUCGAGAGAGUCUGCCACUGGGCCAGUCUUCUGCUUCGGAGAUGGAGGUCGACAGUGAUGUCUCGAAGGCCGCCACCAAGAACGGCUCCAAGAAGGAAGUCAAGGAGAUCAUUCCCGAGGUUGACCUUUUCCUCGGUAUUCUGAUCCAGGUCCAUCUCUUCGACACGAAGCAGUUCCAACGUGGUGCCGAUUUCUCAAAGUACCUCUCGGAUCGGAUCCAAUCCCUCAACCGCCGCACACUGGAUUCGCUGUCUGCCAAGGUCUACUUCUAUUACUCGCUUUUCUGCGAGCACCUCAACCCCCAGCCGCCUUCUCCCCAGUCCCCCGUCGUUGCCAUCCGCCCAACGCUCCUCGCUGCCCUGCGUACUGCGGUGCUGCGCAAGGACAUUGACACACAGGCCUCGGUCAUUGUUCUGCUGCUACGCAAUUAUCUCUUGACGUCUCACAUCUCCCAAGCUGAUCUACUCGUCUCCCACACCCAGUUCCCGGAGAACGCCGUCAACAACCAGGUUGCCCGCUUCCUGUACUAUCUUGGGCGUAUUCGCGCGGUCCAGCUGCGCUACACCGAAGCACACGAGCAUCUUACUGCCGCGACGAGGAAGGCGCCAUCGAGUGCCUGCGCGGCGGGCUUUUCAGCCACCGCUACAAAGCUCCUUUUGGUUGUAGAGCUGCUGAUGGGUGAUAUCCCUGAGCGGUCAACUUUCCGUCAGCCUACUCUGGAGCUAGCGCUUCACCCGUACUUCCUGCUGGUGCAGGCUGUGCGCGUCGGUAACCUCGAAGACUUCGAGACCAUUAUCGCAGACCACGCCGACGUCUUCCGACGGGACGGCACUUACACCCUGAUUCUUCGUUUGAGGCAAAACGUUAUCAAGACUGGCAUUCGCAUGAUGUCCCUGUCUUACUCCCGAAUUUCGCUGCGGGACAUCUGCAUCCGCCUCCACCUCGGAAGCGAGGAGUCGGCUGAAUACAUUGUCGCCAAAGCCAUUCGCGAUGGUGUGAUCGAGGCUACCCUGGACCGCGAGCACGGAUUUAUGAAGAGCAAGGAGAUCGGAGACGUCUAUGCCACGCGAGAGCCGGGCGAGGCUUUCCACGACCGCAUCCGUGCCUGCUUGGCUCUGCACGACGAGAGCGUCAAGGCUAUGCGCUUCCCCAUGAACCAGCAUCGCCUGGAGCUGAAGAAUGCUCAAGAGGCUCGGGAGCGUGAGAGGGAGAUGGCAAAGGAAAUCCAAGAGGGUGACCUUGACGAGGAUGACCUUGGCGGCGAGUUUGACGGCAUGUAAUCGCUCUUGCGCUUCCUUUCUGUGUUAGCUACGAAAUUGCGCUCCUUCUUCGAAUGCGCGAACCACCGAUGCUGCGUGGGCUGUUCCUUUAAUCCGUCAACGAGGACAGCUUUCCAGUGUCUGGCUCUUUAGGGAAUAGAUCAUUCGGUCGGGAAAGAUUCGAGGUGACGCGAGGCAGGAGAACGAGAAUGACAGGUGCGUCUGCUUCGGACAGGGCAUGUGCGUGUGCGUGGUUCAACGGGUUGCCUAUGUGCGCUCGUCGUGUACUAGAUAUGGCGAAGACGAGGGCUGCGUGAGCAAAUCAAAGCUGCUAUCAUUACGUCGUG